GGCCUGGGCGCUGAGCUGCGCCGAGGGCCGGGCAGCGGUGCGCUGCGCUCUGCUUCUCUGUUGGGACCGGCCCUGCCGCGCCGCUCGGCCCGAGCCCUCCUCCCGUGGCCUUUUCGAGGCCGGCCGUCUUCGGUGGUUCCCCGCGGGGCGGUGAGAAGCGGUUCCCCGGCGCCCUCCCCGCCUCCGGGCAGCGCUCGUGCAGGCUGGGCCGGCCCCCGGCUCGUUCCUGGCCGAGCGGGCGCUGAGUGGGCGCCUGCUGCCCCCUGCAGCCGCCCCGGGGCCCGGAUGUCAGCGGUAGCGUUGCGCCGGAGGAAGCCUGUCGAGAAGGCAGUUCUUUAUUUAUAGAAGGGUGAGGGAUGUCUCCCAAAAAUCUAAGAGGAGCGGAGACAGAGUGGAGCCCUGCUGCGUGGGGAAAGAAUCCGUUUCCUAUCCAGAUAGAAGAAACGCAUCAUAGCGAGGAGCAGCCUGGUGGGAGGGAGUGAACCCGUGAGCCCCGUUCUCUUCAGGAGUGCCAGGAUGUGCCAAAGCAGAUGGCCUCAGUCAGGCAGGUGUCUCCCUGGAGGGCAGAUCCCAGCUCUAACUCAUACACCUACUGCAAGUGUUUCUGAGGCUUAGGGAAAGCCACCCUGCCGAGGACCUGGGUAUUUGGCUAGGCCUGUCAGCACGGGGAAUGCAGCCCUCAGGAACGCCAGCAGAGAAUGCCUGGUUUGCUCAGUAAUUGCAUUGCCUGGGAAAUGGCUGUCAGUCUGAGCAAGGUGAUGCUGGCUUACGCGUUGCCUGGAUAUUGGGGGAAUUUUGUUGAUAAGCACCACUUUGACAAGGUGGAAUAAAACAUAGUAUCCUGGAAAAGACACACCAAAUAGCAACUUAUACAUACUAGGCAAUACUUUACAAAGUCUCCCUGAGGAACAGCAAGAUGCAAUUCAAAUGUAUAAGAUAAAUUCAAUGUCUUGUUCAGUCUUAAAAGAGCUUUUAAGAGAGGUCUAGCUGCAGCUGGUUGGAGCAGAGGAGGAACGAAAGGGUGAAAUGUUAUGCUUUGCCUUUAAGGGCUCAAAAUAAACUGGAACAUAAGGUGGAGGGAUUUCCUGGGUUGCUGUAGCUUUCAGCCUUUGCAAAUGCUAUAUUAUAUAAUUCUGUCAUAAAUGUAUCAAGUUUCAUCUUAAGAUCUUUUGCCACCAUUAUUCCCACUGGGAAGCUGUUCCCAGAACCUCCUUCAGAUUUUCAUGCUAAAUAUAUUUGUGACUGUGGUUUGUAUCCACAUGUUCUUGCACCAGUGUUGGCCUUAAAAAGCUCCUACUCCAUAGCAUUUACCCUUUUUACCCUUUGUGUGUUUACAGUUCCUCCUGGCCUUCGUUUGACUGGUCUCAGAAGUGACUUUCUGUUCCUGCUUCAGUAUUCUUUCUUUUUAAUAUACACUACCAGAACAGAGCACAGUGUUCUUGACAGUAUCAUGCCAGACACAAGGACAGUGGUAUUAAUCCAUUCUAAACUAUGUUAGGAAUAUUGCUCCCAAGACCUCUUAUGGCCUUGUUUUCCAUGUCAUGUUGGCAGCUCUUCUGGGGUCAGCUACUGUGUGCAGUGAGACUUCCCUCUCUCACUUCUCUCCCAAACUUCAAAGAAGGUUGGUCAGGGUCUACCUUUCUUUGCUGUCCCUUCUGUAUAAAAUGUAGGGACUGCAGACAAAACUAGCUGGUGAUAAAUGCAAAACAACGAAGAGAGGUAAUUAGUGUCAUGUCAGAGAAAUACAGAAUGGCUCGGGUUGGAAGGGACCUUAAAGAUUACCAGGCUCCAACCCCACUGCUGUAGGUUUAUUGCCUCCAAUUAGAUCAGGCUGCCCAGGGCCUCAUUCAGCCUGACCUUGAAUAUCUCCAGGGAUGGGGCAUCCACAACUUCUCUGGGCAGUCUGUUCCAGGGCCUCACCACUCUGAGUAAAUAAUCUCCUCCUCAUGUUUUACCUAAAUCUCCCCUCUCUUAGUUUAAAACCAUCCCACCUUGUCCUAUUCCUACAUCCCCUGACAAAGAAUCAGUCAUCAGCCUCCUAGAGCCAUAUUGAGGAACUAUAAUCUUGUGGAGAUGAACAACAUCAUCCAUACUUUGCAUUUGAAAUGUUAGAAUUUGAGCUCACACGUCCUCAGUGAUGGCAGAGCAACACUUACAGUGAUCAGUACAAACAGGGAAAAGUCCAGCGAUGUAAGAGGUACAGAAGCAUUUGUCAGAUUAGGUUUGAGAGCAAGUCCUUGUGUUGAGCCUUCAGCUCAAACCAUAAAGGCUUUGAAAGUGUAUUUGGUAGAGCAGAAUGAAUUCAGUAUAUCCCGCUGCUUUUAAGAAAUAUUUGUUCAAGAAAUAGUAAUCUCUGCAUACUGUGAGAAAUUAGGGCCCAAUGGAUUCCAUACAGUAUAAACCAGAAGCACCAACCUCACCUUCAACCUGACCCUGCUUGUCUUCUGUAAAAAAAAUUGCAUCUCUCAUUAAAAAAUAUUUAAUGUGUUUUUCAGCAGAGGAUUUCUUUCAAGGGUUCAUGCUGCAGCUGUCGAAUAGCAGUGAGAAAAUGUAGGUUUCAAGUUUUUAUUACUUGUGUGUGUGUUUGCGUUUAUCCUUAAUUGCAACAAAACAGAUGUCAUUUCUUAAGAGUGGGAGAAAAAACAGAAGGGUCCUAAAUAUUUUCCUACAGCACCAGUAAUUCAAACAUAACAGCGUUUUCCUACUACAUGAAAUGCAGGCAGUGAAACAAUUGAUUGUUCUUUUCCUAUUCAAGAGGGGCAAUUACAAGAACCUCUAUAAGCCUCAAAUUAAUAAUAGCAGCUGUCAUCAUCAAUGAUUAUAUCUAGCUCACUUUUAAAUAAUCAAAGGGAAAUUGCUCUCACAUUCUACAUAGAAUUAAGUAUAUAUAUAUAUAUAUGAAUAUGUAUAUACAUAUAUAUACACACACACACACAUAUAUAAUGAUCUUAUUUACCAUUAAAGUCUGGAGAAGCAGCAGAAGAAAGAGGGCCUUCUGUACAUCAAUUUAGACCUGGACACAUUUGUUUUCUGAUUAAAUACGUUUCUUACUUGGGAGAGGUAUUGCACACAGGACAACAAAUGUAACCUCCAGAACUCCUGAAGAAGCUAAAGCUGCUUCAAAACUUUUUUUUUUCUCAGUGUAGGCUAUAUUAAGCCCAGUAAAUGGAACCAAGCAAAAACUGCUGGUCCAGUACUCUGGUAAAAUCACAAUCAUUUUGAGAACUGGAGUAUUUUUUGUGUGCAUUGAUUUAAUGAUGAAAGCACCAUACAUCACUGAUGUGCUGACGGAUGGUUUCUAUGGGGCAGAUCUGUCCUACCUGGGUCACUGCAGUGUGCUUGGGUAUCAGCACUAAACAGAUCCACUGCAGGAAGGAAAUCUUCUAUCACAUUCUUUAUCUGAGGGGAGUUAAUUGGAGUAGCUGCAGUGGGCACAAGAAAGCUCAGUAGUCUUGUUUGUAGGUGAAGGAACUCCUGCAUUUUUGUACAAGGGAUGAUGAUUAAAAAUGCCCAGUAGUAAAGUUAACAUAUGGAAAGCUAACUGCUCUUGAAAACCCAAGCAGGUUCCCAGGUGAGCUGGUGAAGUUUUGUUAGCAAGCCGUUGAACAAUAUAUGAAUCACAAGUAAGAAUAAAAGUGAACAGGCUCUAUCUCAGGAAAAGCCAGGACUAGAAGGCUUUACACAUUCAGUGCCACUGCUGCAAGACCAGAAGGGUUGGAGACAACAAAAGCAUCGAGAGGCACGAUGGUCCACGCCGAAACGUUUUCACGCCCCCUGAGCCGGAAUGAAGUGGUGGGAUUGAUCUUCCGUUUAACGAUAUUUGGUGCUGUGACAUACUUCACCAUUAAGUGGAUGGUUGAUGCCAUCGACCCCACCAGAAAGCAAAAAGUAGAAGCUCAGAAACAGGCUGAAAAGCUGAUGAAACAAAUUGGAGUGAAAAAUGUCAAACUUUCUGAAUAUGAAAUGAGUAUUGCUGCACAUCUCGUCGACCCACUAAGCAUGCAUGUAACUUGGAAUGAUAUUGCAGGCUUAGAUGAUGUCAUUACAGAUUUGAAAGACACUGUCAUCUUGCCCAUCAAGAAGAAAUACUUGUUUGAGAACUCCAGACUCUUACAGCCACCAAAAGGAGUACUUCUCUAUGGCCCUCCUGGCUGUGGCAAAACCUUGAUCGCCAAAGCUACAGCAAAGGAAGCAGGUUGUCGAUUUAUUAAUCUCCAGCCUUCGACGCUGACUGACAAAUGGUAUGGAGAGUCUCAGAAACUGGCUGCUGCUGUCUUCUCCCUUGCUAUAAAGCUCCAACCGUCCAUCAUUUUUAUCGACGAGAUAGAUUCCUUCUUGCGGAGUCGUUCGAGCUCUGACCACGAAGCAACAGCUAUGAUGAAAGCUCAGUUCAUGAGUCUGUGGGAUGGCUUGGACACUGACUACAAUUGCCAGGUCAUCGUGAUGGGAGCCACCAAUCGUCCUCAGGACCUCGACUCUGCGAUCAUGAGAAGGAUGCCGACCCGCUUUCAUAUCAACCAACCCGCUCUAAAACAAAGAGAAGCAAUCUUGAAGCUAAUUCUGAAAAAUGAAAAUGUGGACAGGCAUGUAGAUCUCCUCCAAGUCGCCAAAGAGACUGAUGGAUUCUCAGGAAGUGAUCUGAAAGAAAUGUGCCGGGACGCGGCGCUGCUCUGCGUCAGGGAAUAUGUUAAUUCUGCCUGCGAAGAAGAGAACCGCGAUGAAGAUGAAAUUCGGCCCGUGCAACAGCAGGAUCUCCACAGGGCAAUUGAGAAGAUGAGGAAAUCAAAGAAUGCCACGCUUCAUGAUGACCUGAUGCAUGUCAUUAUAGAUUAAGGCUAAGGAGUGCGCUUGCUGUUUCUGAUGUGAUGUGAUUUGUAUUCUGUAAUCAGUUUGUGAGAGCAACGUAAGGGGCUGGGAGUGGGGACACUCCUUGAGUGAGGGAGUUCUGUUUCUGGAAUUGUUUUUAUACAGCAAAUGCUAAGUUAUUGAAAUUUUUGUCAUGCACAACUAGAAAUGUCACAAUAGAUCACGAAGUGGAACAAUUACAGCUCAGACCAAGAGCAACUGCCUGUGUCUUGUCCCUUAUGGAUGCACUGUGUAGCCUUAAAGCAGGUUCUGGUGUGGUGCGAGGGCAGCGGCCGCCUGCUGCCGGGCUGUGUGUAUGUAUUACAUGUAUAUAUCCACACAUUUUUUUUAUAUGUAGACAUAAUAUGUAGAUAACUUGAGUAUGGAAAAUCUUUUCUACUUCCUGAAUGAAACCAAAUCAGAAGAUGUAUAGAUUCAUCGAUGCUCAGCUCACACUUCUUCCUUCGAGCAGCAAGUAGAAAUUCUGCUUCUAGAAUAACUCUGAGGGAAAACUGGAAAUGUUACUGAUAUAUAUAUUUUUUUCCCACAUCACCACUUGAAAUCUGGUGCCAUUGAGUAAAGAUAGUAACGACUGUAGAAAUGGUUGAACACUUUUUCUUUUGUAUGAAUUCUGCUUUUGCAGGCAUUUUAAUGCUGUUCUAUAAUUUUAAUUCCCCCCCCCCCCAUGCGAUUUAAUUAAGAGCAGAGUCCACUUAACUGCUCUUUCCUUAAGCCCCACCUUGCAGAGGUUCUUGGAGCUGUGCUUUCUGAUGUGUUAGGUGUCACGAUGGGGGCUCACUGCUGUUUCAUCUCCUCUGGAAGAGGCGCUGCUGCACUGUGCCAUGGCGAGGGAAGGUGUUCCGUGGUGCUUUGCUCCUUCACCUGCUCCGCCGUGCAAAACUGAAGGCAACGAGGAGGCAAUUUCAGGUUUAUAAGUAUGAUUUAGCAAUGUUCUGCUGUACUUGUCGGUAACAGUUUGGUAAAUUCAUGUAACGCUACGUAGUGAUAAAGGCAAAGGGUUAAAAUGUAA